AGCGGAGCCCGGCGCCGGCUGCGGUUCAUGGCCCCGACGGGAGGCGCAGCCUCUGCACCCCGUAGCUCGGUUCCGUGCCUGAGCUGAACGCCCCGGGGACCGAGCCUUGCGGCCUCCGAUCGCGCGUCCUCGGCCCCGCAGCCUCCGCUCCAGCCGCUGGACAUGACCGCGUAGCCCUCUACUGGCUGGGAUUUGCUUGCAGAUUUUCUUCAUGGAAGCGAUGUCCCCCCAGCAGGAUGCUCUAGGGGGGCAGCCGGGGCGCUCCUCUUCCCUGACGGGCGUAUCUCAGCUCGCGGGAGGACCGGGCACCAGGAAGAAAAUGAAAACCCUCGCUGAGAGGAGGAGGAGUGCCCCAUCUCUUGUCCUGGAUAAAGCCCUGCAGAAGCGGCCCAGCACCAAGGACAGCCCCUCGGCCAGCAUUGACACGUGUGCAUUCCUGUCAUCAUUUGUGUGCUCCAACAGGACGCUGCUGAUUGAUGGCCAGGUGGAACUCAAAAGAGGCCUGCAGAGGCAGGAACGCCACCUCUUCCUAUUCAACGAUCUGUUCGUGGCCACCAAAAUCAAGUACAACAAUAACUUUAAGAUAAAAAACAAAAUAAAAUUGACUGACAUGUGGACAGCCAACUGUGUGGAUGAAGUGGGAGAAGGCCACACCAAUGCCACCAAGUCCUUCGUGCUGGGCUGGCCCACGGUCAACUUCGUGGCUACUUUCUGUUCUCCAGAACAAAAGGACACGUGGCUCUCUCUCCUUCAGAGAUACAUCAAUCUAGAGAAAGAGAAGGACUACCCGAAGAGCAUUCCCCUCAAAAUCUUCACCAAGGACAUUGGGAAUUGUGCCUAUUCCAAAACUAUAACAGUAAUGAAUUCAGAUACAGCGAGUGAAGUUAUCAACAUGUCAUUACAAAUGCUAGGGAUAACUGGCUCUGAAAAAGAUUACCAGUUAUGGGUUAAUUCUGGGAAAGAAGCAGCACCGUACCCACUCAUUGGGCAUGAAUUCCCCUAUGGAAUUAAAAUGAGCCACCUUCGAGACACUGCCCUCCUGACACCAGGAUCCAGGGACUCUGGCACUCCUCCAAACCUCCAAGAACCUUUCCUCAUUGAGCCCCUUCCUCGAGACAUGCAGUGCCAGUUCAUCCUGAAGCCCAGCCGCCUGGCUCUAAGCCAGCAACUGAGCGAUUCCAGUCAGAAGACGUAUCGAAGGAGACGGUCUAUCAUCAACUGGGCCUUCUGGCGCGGCUCUAGCACUCACCUGGACAAUUUGCCUAUCUCACCAACAUCCCCCAUGCCAGGACAGCUCUUCGGAGUUCCUCUGCCAGAUAUCUGUGAGAACGAAAAUCUGCCCAAACCUGUCUUGGCCAUGCUGUGCUUUCUGAACCACAAAGGCCCGCUCACGAAAGGCAUCUUCAGGCAAUCGGCCAAUGUGAAAUCUUGCAGAGAGCUAAAAGAGAAACUGAAUUCUGGAGUUGAAGUAAAUCUCGACUGUGAAUCUAUUUUCGUGAUAGCAUCUGUCUUGAAGGACUUUCUACGAAACAUUCCGGGAAGUAUUUUUUCAUCAGAUCUCUACAGUCACUGGGUCUGUGUAAUGGAUCAAGGAAAUGAUGAAGAGAAGAUAAAUGUCAUUCAAAGGCUAUUAGAUCAACUUCCAAGAGCCAACGUCGUCUUCCUAAGGUAUCUGUUUGGGGUGCUGUACAACAUUCACCAACAUUGUUCAUCCAACCAGAUGACUGCCUUUAACUUAGCAGUGUGUAUCGCUCCAAGCAUUCUUUGGCCUCCGACUUCCUCCAGCCCAACACUAGAAAAUGAAUUUACAAAAAAGGUUUCUCUGCUUAUACAAUUUCUGAUUGAAAAUUCCUGUAAGAUAUUUGGAGAAGAAAUCACUUCCCUCUUAGGGGAAGUUUCGGUGAGCUGUGACUCGAGAGAGACUGCCUCAGAUACAUCUUGCUUCCAAAUGAAUGACUCCUCCUAUGACAGCUUGGAAAAUGAGUUGAAUGAGGACGUUGAUGCUCCAGGUCGUGACUUGAUCAAGAAACUCGGCCAAGGGAGCCGAAGUAUGGACUCAGUCUUAACCUUGAGCGACUACGACCUCGACCAGCCCGAGGUCGAAGGCCUGUUGACCCUCCAUGAUUUUGAUUUGGACCACCCCAAAGAGGAGGACAUUCGGAUGCAACAGUCCAUCCAGUCCAAGCUGCCGUACAGGAAAGAUUCCCUGGGGGAGCAUGCCAGGAACCCCUCUGGCCCGUGCACACCCACUUCCCAGUCAGUGGGUACAAACCACGCUCCCAAAACCCCACGGCGACACCGGCGCUGCUCCGAGCCUACUAUCCACUACCUAGAUUCCAAACUUUCCUAUCUCAGGGAGUUUUACCAGAAAAAGAUGCGCAAGUCCAGCUGUGAUGUCGUCCUGUCUCAGAAAGAUGAAGACUCCCUGAAGCAGCAUCAGCCCCUCCACGAAGGGGGUCAGACGCGUUUGAAACACAGCUUAGUCACAGGCACGGACAUUGGCAAGAAAAAUGCCACUCAUCAAAACACCAGGAAGAAACACACACCGGGUCCCCAAGGACAUCACGCGGUGAAAUUCCCCAAGUCCAAGCCAGUGGCUAUUUCUGUGGCCUCUCUUGGUCACAUGACUUUCCAGGACCAUGGUGGCAAUCAACCCUUUGGGACAGAGGCAGAAGGCUACUCUCCAGCGGACACCCUCAAGAGUUCGGGGACAUGCCGGCGUUGUUCAGAGCCCAGCAUCGAUGACCAGAACUGCCAGCUGACCUAUCUCAGGGGAAUUUAUUCCAAGAAACUGCACAAAACCAGCUGCGAAGCUGGUCUCUUGCAUGCAGAGGAGGAUUAUCUCCAACGGCAUAAAUCUUUACAAAUGGAGGGCCAAAAGCUGAUUAAUCAGAGUUUGGUCAUGGGGAUUGAGGUGGGCAAGAACAGCGCCACGAAUCAAAGCACUGAGAAGGUUUUGCCUCCAAGACUCAACCUGUGUCCCAGGACUAGCUACUCCAGCUUAUCUUCCCCAGGCACUUCCCCCUCUGGGUCUUCCGUGAGCUCCCAGGACAGUGCUUUUUCACAAAUUUCUGAACACUCUGUGUUCACACCCACUGAAACGUCCUCUCCCAUCGAUUGCACUUUCCAGACCCCAAGCAAACAGGAAGCGCUUUCUUCUGAAGACUUUGUGGGCUCCAGCCUCCUUUCUGGAAUGCCCGGUCCGUCCACAGAGCAAGCCGGCAGCCAUCUGGCCUCAACAAGGAAAGACAUUUUCGAGUGGUAUUCACAAAGGCACUGUGUCACUCUUCACCCCAGCACAUGGCUGAGAAGUGGCUUAGCCAGUUUGAAAAACUGGUCCCUCAAAAAGAAAGUCAAAACAGGCAGGCCAGAGGAAAAGAACAUAGCUUCUCUCAAAGAACUGUCCGAGUCCCUGCCCCAGGCUUCUGAUGGUCCAGAAGCCAGCUCUGUGCAACAGAGACCAGAAGACACACCCCUGAGGGCAGCUGAAGAGCUGGCCGCCACCGGGCAAGCAGCCCAGUGCGAGGGUUCUUAUCCCUGUCAGGACACUCCAUUCCACCUGGGGGAGAGCAGGCCCAGCGAGGGAGAAGAGGACCAAGAGCAGUGCCCUUCUGAUCCUCCACCUCAGGAACAAGCCUCGUCCUGCUUGGUAGCUUCGGGUCAUAUGGCCAGCCCCAACCUCGAGGCAGGGCCUACUGUGGGUAGUGGUGAUGGGGACAGACAUUUAACCAAAGACAUUUAACACAGAAUCUCCCAUCGUCUACGAGGACCGGAACUGAGCUACUAAUAGCAAGACCACGGUGAUGAUGACUCUCCUGCCUGCCCACUUUUGUAAUGCCAAUACUGAGGACAAAAAGAAUACUUGAUUGAGAUUCCUUGGCAAAGUCUUCAGGCUAAAAA